GCUAAAUCAAGCGCCCCGUCGUAAACGGACAGUAAACUCCGCCCUCUUCUCUUGCAGAGUGUGACAGUUGAAAGGAAAAGGUCGAUGCGAUCAAGUAUAACGGUGUGCACUGGCAUUUGUGGUGUUGUCUGCGCAUUGGAGGAAGACAGAAAGUGAAUGAGGACAGGAAUUCCACAGCCAUCAGGAUGCUUUCUGCAGCUGUGUCAGGCAAAAUUGGGCUCUGUGUGGGGAUGGGGAUGGGAGUGGGCAGGUGUGUGUCAGCCUGGUUAAGAGGGUCCCCAAUGGCCCUGACCAGAAGGAGGGACUGGGACCCCUCUCCCAUGUACAGCACCACAGCAGCCAAACGCAGCACCCCAUCCUUCAGCUACGUCAUCGUGGGCGCUGGCUCGGCGGGCUGUGUCCUGGCCAACCGUCUCACGGAGGAUCCCCAGGAGUCAGUGCUCCUGCUGGAGGCCGGCCCCAAGGACAUGACCCUGGGCAACGUCCGUCUCUCCUGGAAGAUCCACAUGCCGGCCGCCCUCAUCUACAACCUGUGUGAUGACAAGGUCAACUGGUUCUACCACACCCUGCCCCAGGAGCAUGUGAACAACCGGGUGAUGUACUGGCCCCGCGGCAGGGUGUGGGGUGGCUCCUCCUCUCUCAACGCCAUGGUGUACAUCCGGGGCCACGCUGAGGACUACAACCGCUGGCAGAGGGAGGGGGCGGAAGGCUGGGACUACGACCACUGCCUGCCCUACUUCCGCAAGGCCCAGUGCCACGAGCUGGGGGGAGACCGGUACCGGGGAGGGAGCGGGCCCCUGCAUGUGUCCCGGGGGAAGACGGACCACCCACUACACCGGGCCUUCAUAGAGGCUGGCCAGCAGGCUGGGUACCCCUUCACUGACGACAUGAACGGCUUUCAGCAGGAGGGCCUGGGCUGGAUGGACAUGACCAUCUAUAAAGGUAAGAGGUGGAGCACAGCCAGUGCGUACCUGCGGCCGGUCCUUAACCGAGACAACCUGAGGACAGAGGUGCAAUGUCUGACCACCAGGAUCCUGUUUGAUGGGAGGAGAGCUGUGGGCGUGGAGUACACUCAGAACGGGGAGAAGAAGCAGGUGUUUGCUGAAAAGGAGGUGAUUCUCAGUGGUGGGGCCAUCAACUCCCCACAGCUUCUCAUGCUGUCCGGGGUGGGCAACGCUGAUGACCUGAAACAGCUAGACAUCCCUGUGGUCCAGCAUCUACCAGGAGUGGGCAGUAAUCUUCAGGACCACCUGGAGCUGUAUGUUCAGCAGCAGUGCACUCAACCCAUCACCCUGUACAAGGCCCAGAAGCCUUUCCACAUGGUCAAGAUUGGCCUGGAGUGGCUCCUCCAAUACACAGGAUACGGGGCCACGGCCCACCUGGAGAGCGGGGGCUUCAUCCGGAGCAGAGGGGGCGUGGCCCACCCCGACAUCCAGUUCCACUUCUUGCCUUCACAGGUCAUCGACCACGGCCGCGUCGCCUCCAAGAUAGAAGCCUACCAGGUUCACGUGGGACCAAUGAGAAGUACUAGUAUUGGAUGGUUAAAGUUGAAGAGUGCCAGCCCUCUAGAUCACCCAAUCCUCCAGCCCAACUACCUCUCAACAGACAUAGAUGUAUGGGAGUUCAGGGAGUGUGUCAAGCUCUCUCGGGAGAUCUUCGCCCAGAAGGCCUUCGACCCAUUCCGGGGGCCCGAGGUACAGCCGGGGCCUGAGUGUCAGUCAGACGCCGAGAUUGACGCAUUUGUGCGUCGCAAGGCUGACAGCGCCUACCAUCCGUCCUGCACGUGUAAGAUGGGUUCUCCAUCUGACCCAAUGGCGGUGGUGGACCCAGAGACACGGGUGCUGGGACUCGAAGGCCUUCGUGUGGUCGACGCCUCCAUCAUGCCCAGCGUCGUCAGUGGCAACCUCAAUGCCCCCACCAUUAUGAUCGCGGAGAAGGCUGCUGACAUCAUCAGAGGGCGACCAGCGCUCAGCAACCCCGGGGUGCCUGUGUACCAGCCUGCAUCUCUAGAGACCCAGCGAUGAGCUUCACACAGACGUGUGGAACCUGCGGUGUUACCAUCUCCUAAGGGCCUGUACAGACAGAGGUGGAUGCUAGGUAUUCAUGUACACAUCCGUCCGUCUGUCUUUAACGUCAAAAGUUUGUCUGUUUUUUACUAUUGAUAUAUGUAAAAAAAGACAGCAGCGUCAGAAAUACAGAUAAACCUUUCAUUGUCUAACCCAUCCAUUGGUGUAAAAUUCUGGCAGAGCUUGUACCUUCAAAGAUGUGGCAGCUGCUUUUUAUCAUUACUUAAUAAUCAGCAUCUUAAAGGUAUAGUAGGCUCCGUUGGAAGUCAAUAAGGUGCCAAGACAUGCUAACCAGCAGAUACUACAAUCACUGUUGAUUGCAGUGUUCCCUACUUUUCUCAUAAUGCUGGUUUUCUGUCCAACUCCUCUCUUCAUUUAUAAUGAGAGACAACUAUAGUCCCGUGUAGCUCAUUUGGUAGAGCAUGGCGUUUGC